CCAACUAGCGCAUUGCAAGAAUGGAAAUUUUUAAAUCAAGCAUUUUUAGGUUGUAUAAAUGUCAAAUUUGGGUAGGGAGAGCAAGGAUCAUCAAAGCCUUCAGAGGGGUACCCUCACACUUUAAAUGUCAAAGUUUCAGAAGUUGCGCAAGUGUGGGACAAUCUAGAUCGUCAAAAGAUAAGCAAAAUGAAGUGAAUCAUCAAGAUGAACCAUUACAAGAUCCAGAUUUCUUCCAAGUUUCAAAACUUUUUACUGUCCGUGAUUUGCUAAAUGCUAAUGUUCACCUUGGUCAUCAUGAGGGAUGCUGGAAUCCCUUUAUGAAACCUUACCUGUAUGGAUCAAGAGAGAGAUUUCAUAUCAUAGAUCUUGAUAAAACAUCAAUGCAUCUAAACCUGGCACUUAAUGUGAUGUCACACAUUACCUACCGCAAUGGGGUAAUCCUCUUUGUCAGCACUCAUCCACAAUUUGAAGAACUGGUACAACAAACCGCUCGUGAUGCUGGCGAAUACUUCAUAACAAGACAGUGGAACAUUGGGACAUUUACAAACUCUAACAUAUUACUAGACACCACCCGUUUACCAGAUUUGGUUGUAUUCAUGAAUAUACCAAUGUUUGGGCGAGGUGCGCCACCCAUCAAGGAAGCAGCACAAUGCAACAUUCCUAGUAUUGGUAUUGUUGAUAGCGAUUGUGAUCCCAGGUUGAUAAUGUAUCCAAUACCAGGAAAUGAUGAUACUCCUUCAGCAAUGGAACUUUAUUGUAAACUGUUUAAGGAAGCAAUUCUUAAUGCAAAAGAGUACAGAGAUAGUUUAAAUGAAACUUAAAUAAAGUACUAGGUAUGCAGGGUUUUCAAUAUUUUUGAAAGUAGAAGGUUUAUCUUCUAGGUAAUUUAUAGGUGGCACAGAUCAAACUCUCCUUUUAUUUGACUAGUAAUUAAAAAAAUACUUGCCAAUCCAACAAAGGAACUUACCAUUGUUUUCAUUAGUAAAACUCAACUCAUUGG